CCAAAACUCAUCGAAAGAAAGAUACGCAACAUUUCGCGAGGGUACACUGUACCGCCCUGCCUCUCCCUGCCUCUUCUCCAUAUCGUCCCCUGUCAUUCUCUUUAUUGUGGCAAUGUAUAGUAGAAAAGCAACAUCCUGCUUCGGGACAUCGUAGUUAGAUGGCAAGGUAGUGAACGGCAAUACUUUAUUCGCACUGGCAAAGUAUGAGUCGCGAUGUAAUUAUCCUAAAUAUCCUUAAAGGUGCUAAGUGUCUUGGGUGAAAAUGACAAUGACAUGGAAGCGGAUUGAGGAAUAUUCGGGAGUAGCUAUCCAUAAUUUUGCACAUCCAAUCCCACAUGCAAUAUGUCUAACAGUCGGAGAGGUUGUACAAAUAUCUGCAGAAUGCACAGAUUGGUAUUAUGGACGCAGCAAGUUGAAGGGUACAUGUGGAAUUUUUCCAAAGACUUACAUACAUAUCCUACAGAAAUCAACGAUUACGGAUAACUUAGUGCAAGAGAUUACUAACGUCUUGAGAGAAUGGGGCCAUUUGAAACAUUUGUAUGUGACACAUUCCGAGCACUUUCAAACGAUGCAGCAGCAAAUUCUGGAUGCGAUUGGAUACAGAAGCAAAAUUUUGAGUGGUACUUUGACGGUAGACGAGUUGAAGGAUAUGAAAAGAUUGGCAACGGCGAAAAUAGACACUGGAAAUCAAUUGCUUGGUUUGGAUAUGGUAGUUCGAGAUGAACACGGAAACAUUCUAAAUCCCAUGGAGACAAGUACUAUUCAAUUGUAUUAUCAUCACGAGAUUGCUGCAGAAAGGAUAAGAAAGGCAUGCAAUGAUACCGAAAAGAAGCCCUAUAAACCACAAGUACCUGUAUACUCGCAUAUCUUCUUCGUGAGUGUGAGAAACUUUGUAUGUAAAAUGGCAGAGGAUGUGGAACUGCUGUUGACUUUGUACGAUGGUAGAGAGAUGAAAGCCAUUACGGAAAAUUACGUAGUUUCAUGGAGCAAAGAGGGACUUGCAAGGGAUAUUGAUCAAUUGCACAAUCUUAGAGUAUUGUUCACGGAUCUUGGUUCUAGAGAUUUGAUGAGGGACAAAGUCUAUUUAGCCUGCUACGUAAUUAGAAUAGGCGGUAUGGAAGCCAAAGAACCGGACCAUCGUCGCUCGAGUGUAGCACAAGCGAAUCAGACCAGGACCAAGAGCACAGAGAGUAUGAGGAGACCGUUUGGUGUAGCUGCAAUGGAUAUUACUUUAUUUAUUACUGGCAAGCUUGAAGGUGAUGUUGAGCAACAUCAUUUUAUACCUUUUGUACAAUGUUGUGAGAAAGACAGUCUUGAUGGCACAUUACGUAGAAUUAUUGCGCAAAAAGAAGCAAAUAUACAGAAACAUGUCAAUGGUAAUAUUACUAAUAUCACAGGUGGACAAGGAUUAUGGACUAGUUUAAAAUUGUUAAGAGGUGAUCCAAAACAGGUACGUGAUGAAAAUCCACAUCUAGUACUCGGUAAUGUUGCUAUUGCGCAAAUGGGAUUCCCAGAAGUUAUUUUACCGGGUGAUGUACGUAACGAUUUGUACCUAACUUUAAUUAGUGGUGAAUUUAGCAAGGGCUCCAAAUCCACGGACAAAAUGUAGAAGUAACGGUUGGUAGAAGUAUAAGUGAAAGUAUGUAAUGAACAUGGUGUAGCAAUCCCCGGAGUUAUGACAUUAGGUGGAGGUGCAUCACCAAUUGACGAGUACCAUAGCGUUAUUUAUUAUCAUGAAGACAAGCCUAGAUGGUGCGAAACAUUUAAGAUUGCCAUACCUAUAGAAGAAUUUAAACUUGCCCACUUAAAAUUUACGUUUAAGCAUCGCAGUUCUAAUGAAGCGAAAGAUAAGUCUGAAAAGCCAUUUGCUUUAAGUUACGUUCGAUUAAUGCAACGCAAUGGAACGACUCUACAAGAUAUACAGCAUGAAUUGUUAGUUUACAAAUUAGAACAGAAGAAAUAUGAGGAGAAUGAUAUAUCUUAUUUCAAAUUACCAUCAACGCGUGGAGAACUGGCUGAAUUAAAUAUGGAAAAGAAGCCAAGUUUAGGAUCAUUAACAUUAAGCAGUAAGGAUAGCUUCUUGAUAGCGACCAAUAUUUGCUCAACUAAAUUAACCCAAAAUGUAGACUUAUUAGGUUUGCUUAAUUGGGCAUCACACAAUACCGACUUAAAAGAAUCUUUAACUGCUUUAAUGAAAGUUGACGGGGAGGAAAUAGUGAAGUUUUUGCAGGAUGUUUUGGAUGCUUUAUACAUCUUAAUGAGCAAUUCAGACAGUGAUGUAUACGAUGACAUGGUCUUUGAGUGCCUUUUAUAUAUUAUUGGACUCGUAUCCGAUAGAAAGUAUCAGCACUUCCAACCAGUAUUAGAUUUAUAUAUUUCUGAAAGUUUUUCUGCGACUCUCGCAUACAAGAAAUUAAUUGCGGUAUUGCGCAAGCGUAUAGACAAUGUCAGCAAUGGUGAUGGUCAAGAACGAGAUUUAUUGCUUAAGACAAUGAAAAGUCUACAAUAUUGCAUGAGAUUUAUUGUCGAAUCUCGUCUUUUAUUUACUGAGUUAAAUCAGGAUGAAGAGGAAUUCUCACAAACUUUAACUGAUUUAUUACGAUCUAUCGUUAAUCUCAUGAGUCAUGAAACAGAUGGCACUUUGUUAGUUCAAGGAGCCUGUCUCAAAUAUCUACCAACAACAAUACCUCAUUUAUUAAGAGUUUAUAGCGGCAAACAACUGAGCACUAUUUUAACAGAUUUACUUGUGACCCUACCAACAGGUAGAUUAACCACAAAAAUGAUGACAGUAAACGAUAUCGUCCAUAGUCCGCUCUUUUUAAAUGUAGACUGCAGAGCGAUUUUAUUACCAAGAAUUACUAUACUUGUGAGGGACUUAUUGGAAUCCAAAGAGGAGGGGCUAUCCAGUACGCCUGGAAAGAGCGUGGCAAAGGUAGCCAGGUUGCUCGGCGAAAAUCGGCAUCGGCUCAACCAACAUCGCGGCUACUCCGAAGAGGUGGAAUUAUGUGUCAAAAUAUUAUCUGACAUCCUGGAACUAACUUUUAGAAAAGACGUAGGUAGCACAGUUUCAGACGUUAAGGAGAUAAUGUUGACAGCCUUACGCACCAUUAUACAGACAGUUAUAUCAAUGGACAGAGAAAAUCCUUUAGUUGGAAACUUAGUUUCAGUAAUGUUGGCGAUAUUCAGACAAAUGACACAACAUCAUUAUGAAGUGUACAUUAAUCAUUUUGGAACAAAAAUUGAUCUACUUGACUUUCUUAUGGAGAUAUUAUUAGUCUUUAAAGAUCUGGUUUCAAGAAGCGUAUUUCCGGCGGACUGGUGUGAAAUGAUCAUGCUACAAAAUAAUAUUGUUUUGAAUUCCUUGCGGUAUUUCUCGGGCACAAUUAGAGAUUAUUUUUUCACUGAAUUUGAACAUCAAGCCUGGUCAAAUUUCUUUCAUUGCGCUAUUGCAUUCUUAACUCAACCUGCUCUACAAUUAGAAACAUUUACAUCAGCUAAACGAAAUCGUAUUAUUAAACGUUAUAAAGAUAUGCGCAGAGCAACCGUAUUCGAAAUUAGAUCUAUGUGGUUCAAUUUAGGCCAACACAAAAUACUGUUUGUGCCUGCUUUAGUUGGUGCUAUCCUUGAAAUGGCAUUAAUACCUGAUACUGAAUUAAGAAAAGCUACUAUACCUAUCUUUUUCGAUAUGAUGCAAUGCGAAUACUACAGUUCACGUAUAGUAGAAGGAUAUGGAGAUACUAAGCGCGAUCCCGCUCAUAUAAAAGCUAAUUUUACAGAAUAUGAAAACGAAAUGAUUGCAAAAUUGGAUAUUUUGGUCGAAGGAGGCAGAGGCGAUGAACAAUUUCGUACACUUUGGUUUGAUGUUAUGGGUUCUUUAUGCGAAAAACAUUCUACAAUGCGAGAGCAGGGCUUACGUUUUGUAGAUACUAUAGCUCGUCUCAUGGAACGCUUAUUACAAUAUCGCGAUAUUAUUCAUGCAGAAUCCCAAGAACAUCGUAUGCUCUGUACUGUAAACUUAUUGGAAUUCUAUUCUGAGAUUAAUAGAAAGGAAAUGUAUAUUAGAUAUGUGAAUAAGCUGUGUGAAUUACAUCUAGAAUGCGAUAAUUAUACAGAAGCAGCUUAUUCUUUAAAGCUUCACAGCCAAUUGUUAGCAUGGAGUGAUCAGCCUUUGUCACCUUUAUUAAUAUCCCACAGAUAUCCGUUAUGUCAAACACAUCGUGAAUUGAAAGAAGCAUUGUAUAACGACAUUAUCGAUUAUUUUGACAAAGGAAGAAUGUGGGAAUGCGCUCUUGCCGUUUGUAAGGAAUUAGUUUCGCAAUAUGAAGAAGAAACAUUCGAUUACUUGCAAUUGUCCGUACUAUUAAGACGCAUGGCGAAAUUUUAUGAUUGCAUAGUGAAACAAUUAAGACCUGAACCAGAAUAUUUUAGAGUUGCAUAUUAUGGCAAAGGACACCCCGCUUUUCUUCAAAACAAGGUGUUUAUUUAUCGAGGAAAAGAAUAUGAGCGACUGAGCGACUUUUGUACAAGAACGCUGAAUCAAUUACCAAAUGCAGAGCAAAUGAAUAAGUUGUCUCCGCCCACCACUGAAAUGCUGGAAUCAUAUCAUCAGUAUGUACAAAUCAAUAAGGUAGAGCCACUUAUGGAUGAGAAAAGGCAUCGUUUAAGUGGUAAACCAGUUACUGCGGAAGCAGUCUUAAGAUAUCAUCGUGUAAAUGAUGUGCAGCGCUUCAGAUUUUCAAGACCCGCUCCGAAAAAAGAAAUUAUUGUGGCAAACAACGAUAAGGAAAAAGAAGUAAAUAUCACUACUAACAAUAGCAAUGAAUUUGCUUCGUUGUGGUUGGAGAGAACGGUCCUUGUUACAAGCUAUCCAUUGCCAGGAAUUCUUCGAUGGUUUCCUGUGACAUCUAGCGAAACAUAUUUAGUCAGUCCUUUAAGAAAUGCGAUCGAAACUAUGGAAGCUACAAAUACAGCAUUGAGAGAUCUUAUUAUUGCUAACAAGAGUGAUCCCAGUCUUCCUUUGAAUCCUUUGAGCAUGAAACUGAAUGGCAUAUUAGAUCCAGCUGUGAUGGGUGGUAUUGAUAACUAUGAAAAGGCUUUUCUUAAUGCAGAGUACAAUAGUCAUCCGGAAGAGAGUUCAGAUCUUCUUAAAUUAGAGGGGCUUAUUGCAGAACAAAUCCCUCUACUCAGUGUAGGUCUGCAAUUACACAAAGCACGAGCACCCACCGAGUUGGCGCCAUUUCAUCAACGUUUAGAACAAUGUUUCAUGUCGAUGCGUAAUCAAGUAGAAGCUAAAUAUGGAAAAAGGACCUGCGAUUUACAAAUUGAAAGCCUAACGCAAACCGUAACAAUGCGAAGACCACCGACCUCGACCUUGAGAGGAGAUAAUCACUGUUUGUCCGAGUCAAAUAUGAAUAAUUCAGACUGUGCAACUCGCUACAGGGUAUCCUCACUUACAAGAUCCCAAGUUGCAACGUUCAAGUCGCUUACAUCGUUCAAUUUUAACAACAACACAUCUCCAAGUAAUGCUCAAAGCGUCAAUUUGUCAAGGAGCAACUCGAUGCGUUCGCACAUCUUAUCAACAGCAUCCUUACAAAAAGCAUUAGGAAAUCCAAGUCCAGGAACAUACAAGAAAAAAGAUUCAAAGCGUAGAAGUUCGCGAAAGAGUGACUCUGCCACAGUGACAAAAACUGAUCAGCCAACCAGUCAGUGGUAUACCACGACCGAAAUAUCACAUAGCUCUAUUCAGCAAACAGCAUCAUCUGUUACGUCGUUAAUAUCUAAUUUACACUCGACACAUAUAUUCGAGCUUCGACAAGAGCUCACACCAAAACGUCCUUUGAGAUCGGAAGCGGAGAAAGAAAGAAGAAUGAGUAAUCGUUGGUCCGGUCAAUCUCACUAUCUAAGAAACACCAACAAUGGAUUAGAAUCAAGCGGUUUAGGGAAGGGAAAUAGAGAUAGUAUCGGCACAACUGACAGUACAGCAUCCGAAGACGACCCACCACCGCCUCUACCAAUUAAAAUGCGCGAAGCUGAUUAUUGCAAUCUCCCAGACGAGCUGUCCGCCAAUCGAUGUUCAACCUUGAAUAAUUUAAACAAGUCCUCGGGACAAUGGAAAAACAAGUUGCCAACGCCUACCGAUGAUGAUCUGGACAGUAACUCCAAACCGCCAACACCUCCACCGAAACCAAAAAGACAGACUCACAAUUUGAACAAGAACACGCUUGCUUCGAAUGAUGUCGAAAACUCACUUGUCGAAGAUUCAUCAAUUGCAUAAUGUAAUGUAAAACUCCGCAGACGCCUCACAUUGUCCACCUUAUCGAGUGUUAUGAACAAAAUAAGCAUCCUUCCACAUUUAUAGAAGCAUCCUUUAUUGAUUUUUGUAUCAUCGAUCUUUAGAAAAGUUACCAUUAAUUAGAGUUAGCAUUUUAAUAUAUUUCUUUGUGCCUUUCUUUCGCGAUUUAGCAAAUAAGCUAUUAUGAAACAAAGUUCUUAACAAAUGUAUUCUGUAUAACAAAAGGUAUUGUUUUAUCUAUAAUGAAUGAGCAAUGUCAUUGACAAAGAAAUCUAAAAAUUAAUAUGGAUUUAAAAACAAUAUUUUAUAAUUUAUGCAGAUAUGUGACAAAAACUAUAAUGACGUCAUAAUCUGAUAGUAUAGCAAUGCAUUAUAUAUUUUUCUUAUAUAUUCACACAAAAAGAUUUAAGAUUUUUGUAAAAUUAUUUUUAAAAAAGAGAAUGGUGCUUAUAUAAGAACGAAAAAUUGUGAAAUUUGCUUUUAACAAUCGUUCAUUCUAAAUAAGCACAUUUUUAUUUAAUAUUUUCAAUAUUGCUUCAUUGCAAUUCACAUGCUUGCUGUAAUAUCCAUUACAAUACAUAGCAUACUGUAAUAACGUCCAUUUUUUCGAUAAAAGACUUUAUUUCAAUAUAACUUUGGACAUAUAUAUUCAUGAAAAAUAUAUAUUUUUUUAUAAAUUUUGAUAUGAAACGUAUACACACAUAUAGCUUUAAUUGUAAUAAAAAUUUUGGAAAUUUU